UCGCUGGCCUGCAAGCUUUGGUCUCGACAGCUAGGAAACUCCUGCGGGUCCAGUCUCCAGAUCUGGGAGCGUCCGGGCUAGGAGAUUCUAAGCCCCGAGCAAUAGGGGUAAGAGACCACACCUGACUGAUGAUCCCUCCUCAAACAAUAUUGAUCCAUUCUCCACUAGACGUCCUGGAGCGAGCUCGGACGACCGGGGUUCGGUGGUUAGUCUUUAGCAAACCUGGUGUAAGAACGGGCGUGGAGAGCUGUUAGAGACUCAGCGCGGUGCCAGGCGCACGGGAAGUGCAGGGGACGCGCUCCUCUGCCUGGACUGCCGCGCCCUUGACCUCUAGUUUCUGCGGGGAAUCUGGGUGGAGGAGUAAUUGACGAGCCACGGAACUAAUUAACCGGAGGACUAGACCUUGGUUUCCUCUGCGGUUUUUCCGUAUUCUCCCUCGUCAACUCCAUGCCUCUGUGCUGCGCUCAGGGUCGUGGGUAAAGAGAGACAUGGAGGAAACUGGCGCUCAGUGCGCCCAGCCGCCGCCCGCGGGCGCCCAGACCCAGGUUUCUCCAGCCAACCUUUCCGCUGCUACCUCCCAUAAUUGCAGUACCGAGGGUUACAUUUACCAGGACUCUAUCGCCUUGCCCUGGAAAGUACUUCUGAUCGUGCUGCUGGCGCUUAUCACCUUGGCCACUACGCUCUCCAAUGCUUUUGUGAUCGCCACUGUGUACCGGACCCGGAAGCUGCAUACCCCGGCUAACUAUCUGAUCGCCUCCCUGGCGGUCACCGACCUGCUUGUAUCCAUCCUGGUGAUGCCCAUCAGCACCAUGUACACGGUCACUGGCCGCUGGACGCUGGGCCAGGUGGUCUGCGACUUGUGGCUGUCUUCGGACAUCACCUGUUGCACUGCUUCAAUCCUGCACCUCUGUGUCAUCGCCCUGGAUCGCUACUGGGCCAUCACGGACGCCGUGGAGUACUCAGCUAAAAGGACUCCCAAAAGGGCAGCGGUCAUGAUUGCGCUGGUGUGGGUCUUUUCUAUCUCCAUUUCGUUGCCUCCCUUCUUCUGGCGUCAAGCCAAAGCUGAGGAGGAGGUGUCAGACUGCGUGGUGAACACCGACCACGUCCUCUACACGGUCUACUCCACGGUGGGCGCUUUCUACUUCCCCACCCUGCUCCUCAUCGCCCUCUAUGGCCGCAUCUAUGUGGAAGCCCGCUCCCGGAUUUUGAAACAGACACCUAACAGGACCGGCAAGCGUCUGACACGAGCCCAAUUGAUAACUGACUCCCCCGGGUCCACAUCCUCGGUCACUUCUAUUAACUCGAGGGCUCCCGACGUGCCCAGCGAAUCCGGGUCUCCCGUGUACGUGAACCAAGUCAAAGUGCGAGUCUCUGACGCCCUGCUGGAGAAGAAGAAACUCAUGGCCGCUAGAGAGCGCAAAGCCACCAAGACCCUGGGGAUCAUUUUAGGAGCAUUUAUUGUGUGUUGGCUGCCCUUCUUCAUCAUCUCCCUGGUGAUGCCUAUCUGCAAGGAUGCCUGCUGGUUCCACCUGGCCAUCUUUGACUUCUUCACAUGGCUGGGUUACCUCAAUUCCCUAAUCAAUCCUGUCAUCUAUACCAUGUCCAAUGAGGACUUCAAACAAGCCUUCCAUAAACUGAUUCGGUUUAAGUGCACAAGUUGACUUGUCACUUGCAGUGGGGCCACCUAAACGGCCUUUGUGGACCAUGUUGUGGUUGGGUCCAAAGGUAGGUUGACUCUUCUUUCACUGUUUCACUGUUACUGGGUGGAAAUGAGGCUUUCUCUUCUGGGCAAGAGCAACGGAUCCUGAGAAGCCAGGACAGUCCCAGAGAGCUCUGAAAGAACUGCAAACUACAGUUAGAGCUUCCCUGCUGAGGAGGAGGCUCAUUUCCUCCCCUCAACUCCCAGAUUCAGCACUGACCCUGCAGCAGCCAAUCACCAGGGGUUGCGAUUUUUUUUUUUUUCUUUUUUAAAGUCCAUGAUGGAAGGGAACCCAGCCCUGCUUUGGUCUCAUGGAUGAUGCCCUCUAGAACCAGUGGUAUUUGUAGUUUAUUGUUUGACACCUGCCUGAAGCAGAUCAACGUACAGCCUGGCAGUACUUGAACUAGACAAUAAUACCCUGUGUUUGGGGGAGGACUUUGUGUUACAUUUCAUUUAAGAACAGUUACUUUGGCAUCCUUCAAUCUUCAGUUUUGGUUUAUUUAAACUUGGUUGGGAAAAACUUGUGGAUUUGGUGCUUCAAACCCUAUGUGUGGCUUGGAUGACAUGGAGAAACCUUGAAGA